CAUAAACAGACUAUCCUCUAUCCUCUAUUCUUAUAUCCUUGCCUAGUACCUACAUACUAAAAAUAAAAAUAUACAAUAAACAUAAACUAAACUAAACAUAUUGGUAAAGGCUGGGGUAAAGGUAAAUUGGUUCGGUUCUUAUUGAAAAAAUGGGGUCGGAGCAUUCUAAUCACAUGCCGGCACCGAAAAAGAAUCAAGUCAAACCGAAUAUAAGAAGACAACAUACAAUAGCAAAUCCUGGUUCAAGUGGAGCUGAACAGCCCCCAUCCUUAGAGAAUGCUGAUAAUGGAAGAUGCAUAUCACCAGGACCUAGUGUUUGUAGUGAUAUCGACUUACCCUAUAUUAGUUAUACGGUAAAUAGGCCUAUUGGAGAUUCUCCCAAGCUAGCAAAUAAACAAUUAAUCAAAAGCAAAUCUACUACAACCCGUAGGCCGCAGUCGUCUAAGCAAAAAAGUAAAAAUGCCCAUAACAUUGUUGUAGUUAGAGAUAUGGAAAAUAAUAGUAAUACUGUAGACAAGGAUGCUGAUGUUCUUAGGCUACAAAGCAUUCCAAUGUUUCUACCCAUUAUGCGAGCUACUUUAAGUUUACCAGCUGCUAGAGAUCCCGAAGUUUUGGAAAGACUAGACCCAACACCAUUUAGAAAUUUAUGUUUGAGAUAUCAGCACCAUCUUACUGCGGCAGCUAAUUCAGUUGCUACAGAACAGAAUCAGUUAACUCAACGAGUCAGAGAGGUGGACUCUGAUAUAAGUAAAAUGGUAGCAAUAGCAACUGAAAGGCAAAAAAAGUAUGCAAAAUAUGCAGAGAAACUCUCUAAGGUUCAAGAAUUGUCUCAUCAACUUAAUAGGUGUCACAUGCUUUUGAAUCAAACUCUUGAAAGUAUGGAAACUUUAAAUAAUUAUUUGGAUAUUGAGGACAGGUUGGAAGCCUUUGUUUGGACGACUGGAUGAGAUUAGUGGAAAUAGUUUUGUUUUAUUCAGUUCUGAGUUCAGUUUCUACUUUAUACCCAAUGUUGUUAUGUUAUUUGUUACUUUUUAUAAUUGUAUCUAAUUUUUGUGGCUUAUACCAAUGACCUUGAAGUUGAAAAACAGGUCGAAGUAGUUGUUUUGUUUUGCUCCACUCCAACACAAUAGAACGUUCUAUGUGCUACAUUGUAGUAAAAUUGUUCAAAGUCUUGUUAAACAACAUCAACAUAGGUCUGUGCCAACUUGUCUCAUUAACAAUGGGACAACUGUCCCAAUUCAAUUUGCAGGGUCUUAAAAUACUAAAGAAAUUCAUGAACGACAUUACUCAAAAGCAAUUAUAUGUUGUAGGGCUCAGUUAACAUUAUUAAUCAAAAUGUACUUUAUUGUCGAAAAAUAAAUUUCAUUGAAAAAGCAUUAAGCAUGAUCUUAAGUAAUGUGCAAUUAAUAUUAAAUUAUCGGGUUAGUACAGAAGAAACAUUAAGGUUGCAGUCAGAACAAAACAAAACAAUGAAGCAACCAAAAUUAAAAUUUUUCAUUGAAAAAUUCAUUAAUAUUACAAUAUGCUUUUCCAUAUGAAAAUGCUUUGAACUCUAGUCUAAACUUUUUGAAACCAUCUACCUGCCUUUAGUUAACAGGCAGGUGAUUAAAAAUUUGCCUAUUUCUAUAAAUAAGUGAAUUUUGCGUCAAUGCAGUCUUAGGUAUAGGGAGCUGAAUUUUAAGUAGUUGCCUAGUUGGAUAAGUUCUUAGAUAUUCUAACUUCUAACUCAUAAUGUUUUUUGUGCAUGAGGCAAGCAGUUUCCAUGAUGAAUAUACAGCACACUGGGAGUACGUUAUGUUUUAAAAAUAGUGGAGUGCAAUGCUCCCAAUAUCCAAACUCACACCAAUAACACACUGCUCUCUUUUUAAUGUCAGAAACAGAAUCAAACAAUUUAUUAGAACAGUUACCCCAAAAUGCAAUGCCAUACCUGAUAUGAGAUUCAACCAAUGAGAAAUAAACCAACUUAGCAGUAUUUAAACCAAGUUCAUUUGACGCUAUUCUUACAGCAUAGCAACCACUUG